GUGGGGCUAGAGGAAAUGUCAAGCAAUUUAAUGGGCCGGGAGGACAAAUGAUUUGUCUUCCUUUUCCUCUCUGCUAAUUUGUUUUGCUUGACAAGGAAAUGGGUGGAAAGCAAGCUUUUGUGGUGGGGCUCUGACUGGACAGAUGGAAUGAGGCAGCGGAGCCAGAGUUAGGUGGAAGCUGACAGCUUCUACAUCUGGGCAGUGGUUCAAGCUGUCCUUGUGGUUGUGGGUACUGGUUCUAGGCCAGUACAAAACUUUCACAAGCAGCUAUUUGACCCAGGGUGCUUUGAUGUCCCAUCCUCGUGUUGGGGAGAGAGGGAGGUAUGGAUUUGAGCCCCCUUCUCUCACUGCUGGUUUUGCACUCCUGGAGCAGCUUCUGCUCAUCAUGAAAAGGUGAUGCCCAGUGUCACCCAGUCUGCCAGAGGGUGACACUGCCACAGAGCUUCCCCCCAGGCCCAUCUCCGUCAUUGUGCUGUUGCAGGUAUGCAGCUAUGUUGGUGGCCUAUCUCUCUAAGCACAUGCCUUUGUGAAGCCUGGUGAUUUGACCUGUGUCCCGGAUUACCCUUUCCUCCUUCUCCAGCUUUCGUUAGAAGUAAUCCUUAUGUCCCACAGCUUCUCCAGCUCUCGACUACUCAGCUGGGCACAGGCAGGGUUUUCCUGAGCAGAGGAGUGAAAAGUGGGUUGAGGUGUAUGCUCAUUAACUACUGUUCUGCCCACAGCCAGCAUGGGAGGUGUUGUCGGCUGUUCUCAGUGUCAUUGAUAUUGUCCUAGUAGGGGUUUUAUUGAUGUGUUGUCGGUGUUGAAGUCUCAAGAACUGUGUUGACAAAGUCUCAGCCAGGAGAUUCCAGCACCGAUCUGGUCUUAGACAAUGACCACAGGCUUGGUUUCAUGGCAAAGAUUUGGCCAGACCUGCAAGCACAGACCUAACACGUUUUGGCCUGACAAGUACAUCAGACCGGGAGUUAAGGCAUUUGUACCUGUGACAAGGUAGUCAGCACAACACCACGCAGGCUUCCCCAGGCCACUACAAAGGUCCCCUGAUUUCCAAUGCUCCUUUUAUACAACGAUCAAAACAAAUGGCAUGUUGCAGUCCACCUGUGCCUUGAAUAUCUCAAAAUAUCCUGACUCAUGGGCUUUUUUCACGUUCUGACCUGGGUGUUCGCAUUCCAGCCUCAUCUUCCUGGUAUUGGAUUGUGCUACACCUUGUAUCACCAUCUUCCCCUCCCAGCUUUUGGUAGGAGUGCACAUCUGGCCCACGUGCCAGGUUUUGUCUGUGUGAGGAGCUUGUGCGUUGGUCAGGUUGGCUGAUCAAGCCUAGGCUGAUUAAUGCAUAGCAGAGCUGUUAUGUGAGCAGUAUAUAUAUCGAUCAGUGCUCCAGUGAGGCCUACAAGGAGUUAACUGGGCAUCAAGUACCUGCAAUUUUCCUGCAGGAAGCUUGGCUUCUUUGACAGAGCAAACAAAUAUUAGCCAGGAGUAAGAAAGAAGUUGCCCUUCUGUUGGAGGGAGUGAAACUGGGCAGAGGGCCCACUUCUCAAGCAGGGCAGGCAAGCUUGAAAGGGUGGAAGCAACCGUGUCCUAACACACACAAGCCUUGACUGCUUCUCGCAGGGGAGGCAGUUCUCCCCACACCUCCCUCUGCUCCGAUGCCUGCUAAUUAGUGUAAUAAACCUUCUCUCUGUUCCCCUUCCCUGGUGUGUCCAUUCAGUGUCUUGGUUUGUGCUGCUCUGCGUAGGCUAAGUUGUUGCUCUUCGGCUGGAUUUCUGCGUAAGAAAAUAAUCUAUGCUGCGCUGAUAAAAGGGGAGAGCCAAGUUCCUGUUGUCUUCUCAUUUCCUUUCAAAAUGCCUUUUGCUUUCGGGGCUUGGAGUGCCAGCUUUUCUCCUCUCUCUCGUUGCUUCAAGUAGCUGGUUCCCCUCUCUCCCCCUGCUCCCACACGGUUUCUGCCUCUGUUUCUCAUGUGGAACCUGUCCUGGCCUGUGUUUUAGCAGGGGCCCCCUCUCACACAUUCGCAUUGGCUUUUUGAGUGUCUUUGUAGACUACUUGAGCUUUGCUCUCAAGGGCUGAGCCUGCCAGGUAGUGCAGUUGCAUCCACGGGGGGAGCAGGUUGGCCUCUAGCCCUACCCAGCUCCAAGCACCCUUUGUGGUUGGCAUCUCCGUCUGAGCAUUUCCAUGUCCUUGCUGAGUGUUCCCACGGGGGUGGGCUCUUGUUCCCUUCCUCCUGCCGCUGCCCCCUCCAGCUCACUUUGUUAUUCCUCCUCUCUCUUUCUAAUUGCUGCACGUGUCCUUGCAGCUGAGGUCCAAUUCUCCUUCUGCCCCUCCCCAAGCAGGUUGUCAUCCCUAAAGACAGGGUAUGUGCCAUGUCUGAAGGCUGCAGCUGGAUUUAAUCGUGCACCCAUUUCCCACACGGCCACUGACACCUGUGUUGCCUGUGGGAUGCCCAACACUGUUGUUGGCCAUCGCACUGAAUUUGUGGGCAGCUGCAGCCACCCAUUCAUGCUGCAGUUAGGCUGGCAAUUGCAUGUGCACAAUUAAGAGUGUGGCCUUUCCAUCCACCUGGCUGCUAACAAAAUGGCUUCUCCAACAUGGGUGACAGCACGUGUCCGAGUUCUUCCAUUUACUUUAAGAAGGGGAAAAGCCCAAGCAGAGCUGGCUUGUACAGGGGGUGGGCUGGGGUCUGGUCCUUGCUCAAGUAGGUCACGCACAUGGCAAAGCUGGUGGCAUGAGUUCCUGGGGAAGGCAUUUACUGUGACGGUGAAUCGCUCUGGGCGCUGGCAGCAUGUGCUCGCAAAUGAGGCUGUCCCGUGCAGUGACUGCGCUCCCAUCUCCACAGUGGAGCAUGCCCUGCUGCUUCUCCCACUCCUCACCUGUUAAGAAACCCACCCAUUUCCAUUAAUGGCCUGCCGCUGUGGCGAGGAGCCCCUGGCCAUCUUUGGAGUGCUUGGGUUGUGCGGUGAGCAGGUGUCAUUCAUCCCCAGGGGUCCCGUGGCUCCAGGCUUGGGGAGUGACUGGGUUCCUGUGCUGUAUUGGUGCCCCUGUGUCUCCUGUGAGUUGAGAGAUGCUGCUUUGUUGGCACUGCUUGGAACAGUUUCAGUACCAUGUUCUGGAGCCUGGAUCCACCCUGGGACCUGGUAGGGGCUUUCUCACCUUGGCCUUGCAAUGUCGUGCUAUGUGAGGAUGCUGUGUUGCAUGUCUGCAGGGGAAGGGGGGCCUUGGCAUUUGCUGUUGUAGCCAGUGAAUCAUCUGGAGUGGGGUCUUCCCAUUUCUCCUUAGACUGCAGCGCAGAGCCAUCUUGCAGAAGCGGUUGUGCAGUCAGAGGAGUGUCAUUGCAGCUGUGCCGAUUCUCUCCUCCCUUCCCCCUGCUUCAGGCUUCUCUCUUGUUCUGCGAUGAGCUGUUGCUGGCAUCAUUUCUCCCUGGAUCUGUUGCCGCUGGCUUUCUGCUCUGAGCAUUUUCGGCCUGAUUCCAAGCCUUCACGCCUAACACUGUUUACAAGCACCAAGUGCUUCUAGGAGUCUAGCACUGAAGUGCAUGGCUCAGGGCUGUUGGCGCUGUCUGCUAAACUUGUACCUGCUUGGGACAUCCUGUCAAAGCUGAGCUGACAGGCUCCAGCCAUCACCUGCUGCAUCAUCCAUCAUGAUGUCCUGUCUGGUGAGUUAUGCAGUCAUGCAGCUAGCAGAAAGCACCUUGGAGAGACCUAACUGGAGAGAGAGCAAAGCUGUCCUGUGUCGGAGGGGAAUUAGCCAGGCAACUACAAACUCAGGGCUGAGAAUGCCUGGGUAUGAGAGGUCCACGUGCCAUACGUGCCCAGCAAGGGCAGCCUGCUGUGCCCAGACAGCUGAGGGACAUCAAGUGCAUGGACAGUGAAGUGCUGAGAGCCCUAUCCUAAGGCCUGCUUUGUGCUAGCCAAAAUUGUCCAGCCAGGAGGGUGGAAAAUGGAGUAGCUGAGAGAAACCUAUCCCUUAACAGAUGUUUAUUCUGGCUUCAUUUUCCUCCCCUGCCGUUAGGGAAGUGUUGUGUGCGAUUAUAAAAGGAUCUGUGUGGAAAUGCACAGGUGCCUGGAACUGCUCUGGAGGCAGUCCAGUUUGUGUGGUAUUAAUUAUCCAAGCUGCCAGGAAGAUGUUGAUGGAAAGAAAGUCACUCUGCAGCAGUGAAUUGCCCUGCAGAAGUCCAGGGACUUUGGAUUCCCUCUGGCCAGCGUGGGCCAGUCAGGGAAGGAUGCUGUCAUGUAAAUGGCAUCCAUGCAGUCCCCACAGACAUAGAGCAGUGCAGGCUCCCUGGGAGGGUGAACAUCUCCGUAGACCGCAAGCAAUCUGGGAAGAGACCACGGAAACUGCUUGUGACUGAUAUGAGUAACCACCUUCCUUCUGACCCAGCGCUAGAUGCACACCCAGUUUCUGGAGCUCUGGCUUAGAACAUCUGUCUUAGAAAGGAGUUUGGAUGCCAAUCAAAGUAGCCCAGGCCAGGAGGGUUUGGCUGGUGGACCCCCUCAUCUCUUCCCUGGUACAGAGACAUCUUGGCCAUGAAUGAGCUUUCUCCAGCUUUCCUGGCCCCGUGCAUUGUUGCUACCUCUAGCAGCACUUGGGGGCGGUGGAGGCUGUGCCAUGGAUACAUUUACGUUCAGACCUGAACUGUCGAGCAGGCCACGGGACAGCCAUCGUGUAGCAGUUCCUAUGGGGCUGGCACUGCAGAGAGAGGUCCCUUCCCAGUCUGGGGCUUGUUCCACUCAUGCCAACCCAUGAUUCACAGUGGGGACAGAGGAGAGCCUCAGGAGCCAAGGCGGGGAACGCUAGCCAGGCAAUUUCCUGGAGUUGAGUUGUUUUUGCAUGUCAGAGAGGCAGGUCCAGAGGCUUUUCCCCGAAGAGGCUGCUCUUGGCCAACACUGCUGGCUUGUUGCUGAUAUGCACUAGAAGCAAGAGAUCUCUGGACAGCAGAGGAGCGUGCAGACUUGAGCUGGGCUGGACUGAUUCCAGGUCUGUGCAACACGCUUCUUCCCUAGGAAGCACAAACGAACCCUUGACAGCCUCUCGGCACGGCCACAGUGCUGAACCGUGGAGCAGGGCAGCCUCUGCUUGCUCACUUUCUUCCCCCACAGUAACUCUCUGCAAGUGUUCCUGUGCUUCCAGAAGGGCAGGAGAAGGCAGAGAUGUCCGAGCUACCCCAGGAAGGAGCUCCCACCGGGAAGACAGCAGUACAGGGACAGGUAAGAGCAGCUUCUUUCUCACAGGUCUCAGCUGGGUCAAACCACCAUGGGGCAAGGUGAGGUUUUAAGGGUCUCUGUAGUCUUUGUGACCCAGACCUGAGAGCUCAUAUUGAGAAGGAGGCUCUGGUUUCUGAUUGCUGGUGGCAUUCAAACCAUCCAGGCACUGGGAGACCAUUACCCCUUGUUCUGCCUGCCAGAAGCCUUGAAAGCAGCAGGGAGCUGAAGGGAAACAGGCUUGUCCGUAACUUUGGGCCAAAAGGAAAGUCUCCCUGGUUGUAAAUGUGGAGCCGGUGCAUUGUUAAAUGCAUGUGUGUUCUGGUAGUCAGGCAACCAUCCUGCCAGAUAGCCAGUACCUAUAAAUAAAAGGUGUCUGGUUUUGCACUUGGGUGAGCAGCAGGAAGUAAGCAAGUGCCAUAAGCAGCGAGAAGCCAAUGGUUUGUGCAGGACCCCUGCACUUGCAGUUUCUAGAGAGGAAACCUUAGCACCUAUGUGCUCUAUAGUGCUGUUAGGAGCUGGGUGUGGCCUGUAUGCGGCUUGUGCUCCAUGGAUGGGCUGCUGCUGGCUACAGCAAGGGAGGCCCCUUGUAAGCGUUGGAGCCAAGUGACUUGGCAAGACUGCUGGUGAACCCCGUCUCUAGGCGUGAGUUCUGCCUAUGAACUCCCACCAGGCUGCUUGUAGGAAGCCCAGCCAGCCAGGCUAGACACUCUGUUCCUCUCAUGUCCAUCUGCGGGUUCGUCUGCUGACACCUCCUGAAGCUGAGCCCCCUGGUGUGCUCUCUGCCGGGCAGUGCAGAGGCUGUGAGAACAGGAUGUGGCUCUGUGUGUGCGGGAAGUUUGGUUACUGGACAUGCCACAUCCACGUGUAUCUUCAAAGACCCAAUCCUGAUGCUUCAUUCUGGGUCCAUGAACUGAUUCAUUCUGCAGUCUGGUUUGGGAGGCACAAAACUCAGUGAAACUGCAGCUGGCUCCACUGCAGGCAUUUGACGUCCAUCGUGCUGCCCCUCCUCUGAGCUGCUCCCUGCCUUGUUCUGAUGACAGACUCGGAGCUGCGGCUCUCAUUGCUAUUUUCCUGGUUCAACAGUGACCUUUUAAGGCUACUGCCUUGCAGUUCAUGUUUCAGCUAAUCAUGAUGCCUUGGGUCCUGCUCUGCAGAGAGGAAGUGGAGAGGAAAAGAGGUUCUCAGAACAGAUGGGUAGAUAACCGUAGGAUGUUAGUGCUGGUUUCUGAAGAUUUUAACUCCCAGGACUGCAGCCCCAAGCUCUGGCCGUGAGAGGUGAAUUGUCCCCCCAUUUCUGAGAGGAGUUGCCCAACAGCAUACAGGGACGGCCGAUGCUGCCGCUGUGCCGGAAGGUGUGUUAUGCCAUCGGGGGCAGCCCCUACCAGAUGACGGGCAGUGCCUUGGGUUUCUUCCUCCAGAUUUUCCUCCUGGAUGUUGCUCAGCUGAAGCCAUUUCACGUCUCACUGAUCCUUUUCCUUGGACAAGCCUGGGAUGCAGUGACGGACCCCGCCAUCGGCUUCCUGGUCAGUAGGAGCCCCAGGAGGAAGCUUGGCAAGCUGAUCCCAUGGAUCGCCUUCUCCAUGCCCUUUGGAGUCACCUUCUACUGCAUGCUGUGGUUUGUGCCCUUUGGCACCACCCGUCUCUGGCAGAAGUGCCUCUGGUACCUGGUCAUGUACUGCUGCUUCCAGACUUGCAAGACUUGCUAUCAUGUGCCCUACUCCUCACUGACCAUGUUCCUGGGGGGCAGUCAGAGAGACCGGGACUCAGCCACUGCCUACCGAAUGGGGGUGGAGGUGUUCAGCACGCUGGUCGGCUCGGGCAUCCAGGGGCAGAUCGUGGGCAGGUACCAUGCCAGCAUGACCCAGAUCUGUGCGACGUUCAACGGGACUCUGCAGAACCACACCUCCGCGGGCCUCACCGACACGCUGGAAAACACGCGCGGGGCAUAUACAAUUGCCUCCGUGGUGCUGGGCUCGCUCUACAUCCUGUCCUGCCUGGUCCUCGUGUUUGGAGUGAAGGAGCAGCCUGGGCCCCUGGGUCCCCUGGAGAAAGCAAAGAUACCCUUCUUCAGGAGCCUGAGGGUCAUCCUGGCACACCGGUCCUACACCCACCUGCUCUGUGCCUUCAUCUUGGCCUCCCUGGCCUUCCAGGUUGCCCAGGGGAUCUUUGCCUUCUACUGCACGCAUGCCAGCGGGAUGGCUGGGAGGUUCCAGCACCUGGUGCUCAUCAUGCUGGUCACGGCUUCCCUCUCCAUCCCCGUGUGGCAGUGCAUGCUGGUGCGGUUUGGGAAGAAGACAGUGCUCGUGGGGCUGUCGAUCAUCAUUCCUGCCCUCAUCGUUAUCACCCAAGUGACGCACAACUUCCCAGUCUUUGUCGUUAUGGUGAUCAUGGCGGGAUGCAGCCUGGGUGUCCUCUACCUGUUACCCUGGUCCAUGCUGCCGGAUGCAGUGGAUGAUUUCAGGCUGAAGAACCCCAAGUGCCUGAACCUGGAAGCUUUUUUCUACUCCUUCUACGUUUUCUUCAACAAGUUUGCUGGUGGCCUUGCGCUGGGGAUCUCCACCAUGAGCUUACAUUUUGCAGGUUACAAGGCUGGUGAUUGCACACACAACCCCUCUGUCAUCCUCACCCUGAAAAUCCUCAUGGCUCCAGUCCCCAUCAUCUUGCUGCUGGCUUCCAUGGUCACCUUCUACUUCUACCCCAUCAACGAGGAGCGGAGGCGGCAGAUGAAGGUGGAGAUGGAGGCAGUCGAGCAAGGCCGGAGGGAGAAUGCAAACUCCGGGUAAAACAAACACGGACCUUGCAGAGUUUCCUUGGAAAGCUCUCCCUGUCACCGAGCACUGCCAGGAUGCACCCGUUUGAUCUGAUGGCUUUGCUUCCUGUUGUUCCCGAUUUCUGUAUCACAAAACGCUGCUCUCUGCUUGCUGCCUUUCUCGACCCCACCCCCCCGGCUGCUGCGGGGAGCAUCCCUGGCCUUGAAGAACGGGGUUUGGCAUGUUGAUCUUGAGCCAGCACCUGCCUUCUCUUUGUGCAAGGAAAGAUCCCGGCACUCAUUUGCCACAGCUGAUUGGGAAGGAUGGCAAGGAAAAUUGGACCCAAGCUCUGCCAAGAGCACUCUCAGAAAAUACACCGAGGAGGGGAGCUGGGCAGCAGAGGUUCAGGCACGUUUCAGGGAAGAAAGUGACAGCAAUCUGUCAUCUGGGUGGUGAUAAUCAGGACCCCAAGCACUAGGACUGGGGGGAAUGUUGCUGUUUCAGAAAGAGCGCUGUAUCCAUGCCAAGACAUGAAGCUGCCUCUGACCCCAUCCAGUGAUCAGCUAAAGCCUCCUUCACUGCUUACUAUGUAUAUAGGCAGCAUAUUCUGGUCACCACCUCGUCUGGAGCAGCUCCCCUGUUUUCCCAGAAGGCCUGCCUCUAACUUCCCCCAUGUCUAAAUUGUCAGUGUAUUUUGAGGUGUACAAGACGUGCUGGUGUGCAAGAGGCACCCUUCAAAAAAGGGUAAAAUGGUGCCUCUGUGACACCCCCUGUAUUGUCAGUGGUGGUGAGGCAGGGGCUGUUUAACAUGCCCCUUGUCCUGAUUUUUUGCCCCCCACAAACCUGACUUCUCUCGCCAGUGUCCCCAGGCUCCUCUCCAAUGUAUUGGGAGAUAGGGUGGGAGCUUCAGCAGCUGCCCUUCCCUGCAGCUUUGGUGGAUCAGAAACACCCUGCUUUAGGAGCCUCUCUUUGGGGGAGAAAAACUGCAUUGUAUACAUGGGAAAAUCCUGCUUUCUACUAAGGUGAGGGUUAGCCAUGUAGAAGAAAUGCAUGUGUCCAAAAUAAGAAGUCUGCAAAGAAGGUGUCUAGAUGCUGUACUAUCCAAUGCUGACAGCAGUUCCCUGCCUUGGUCUUGCUGGGUGUGUGAAUUAUUGGCCACAGAUGAAUUUUGCCUUGGAAGAGGCUGCAGCAAUGGACCGACUUGCCUGUGAUCAUGCUCUUUUAGGAGCUUAUUACAAGGUUUGCCCUGUCUGCCAUCUCUGAAAGGGAUGGGCUUUUUGGGAGGGAAAGAUGUCAAAUGCAUUCUGUGGAGAGGGCUGAUUGAAUGCUAAUGACAGUCCCUAGGUCAAAGCUGCACAACUGGGACCUUUUAAAGCUCACCAGAGAUCUCCCACUGUAACAACAAGAUGAGGAGCAUAAAACCCCAGAGCAGGAUGUGACCACAGCAUAACAGCUAAACUUGGAGGCAGGAAAACUGAAGUGCAAGUGGCAUUGCACAGGAGGGGAAGCAGGUUUGGCCAGGGCUAUUUCUGACCUCAGUUUAGCUUUGCAGCCCCCCAGUCUGCACACACAGUGGCCAUAUUUUUGCAGACAGUGCUCCUACUGCAUUUGGAAAUCUGGCUCUUAAAGUGGCGUCGUGAGGCUUAAGCGUUAGCAGCCUUUUAUAUGAGCCCUCUUGGAGCGCGUUGUAGGUAGACAAACUCGCUAUCUGCUGCAUCCCAGACAGAUUUGGAAUAGCUUAUACACAAGAAAAAGAUGCUCCUUUCCUAUUUUUUUGUCAGCUGUGAAGAAAAGUAAGUGCCUUGUGAGGCCCUGCCUUGGCCUGAGGGGGUCAGGUACAGGGACCCCUUUGCUUAGGACAUGUUUCUUUGCUUGCGCACAGCAUUUUCUACAUGCUUUUCAGGGAAGGAAGUGCCAAGAAAAGCAAAAUGAUUGUUGCUUCCCUUCUGGUUCCAUGUAAGCAGUGGCUGUGUCCGAACGCAUGCACAAUUGCUGUAUCCCGCUAGCUGGGCUGGAUGUCACAUAUAUGGCACGGCACUGAGCUUCCCAUAGAGAGGUGUGAUUGGAGAUGGGCACUUCCCGGGUUUGAUAUGUCCCCGCUGUAUUUGCUGUUGAGACUCCUGCCGUGUGCUAUUAUGAGCUAUUAAAGCAGCAUGCAUGCUGAUGA